AGCGUUUUAAGUCACCUAGAGAAGACGAGACGAAAGUUAACUGCAUGAGCUCAAAGUCCUUACCGCUUGUCUUUUCCCCCGCUCCGACGCGGGUGUAGAACGUUUUUCCUUGUUAAUGAACUUUUUUUACUCAUUUUUUGCCGUGUGGAAAAGCCAGGCUGGUGUUUUGUGUGCGUCGGGUGGCCCCGUUUGGAGGCGACAGACAGUCCCGGGACAGACGCUGACAUUUGGAACAACACUGACAGUCAUCGACUCAAGCCUCGGGGAGCUGCGCCAUGCCUGUGCGACAGAAAGAUGCUCAAAGAGCCCUAGAGCUACUCCAGCAGUACCGGGCCAAAUUAGAUCAGAGGCAGCAGAACCGGAGCCAAGUUAAACAGUGCCCUGUUGAGGAAGAUCACCAGUUGAAACAGUCAUUGGACCGAGUCAUCAAUGUGUUCCAAAGUCAGCUCUUUAGUGCCCUGCUUGAUAUUCAGGAGUACUAUGAAUUCACAAUUGUUGCUGACAGCCAGUGUUCACCUAAUCUAAUAGGGGACACAGUGACACCACCCUCCUCCGACAAUGUAUUAUCAGAAAAUUCUGCUCUGCCAGUGCCCGCCUCUGGUUCCAGGACCACAGUAACCAACGCUGGAACAUCCCAGCCCAAAGACAUAUCUCCAAAACCCAAGUCUAUCAAGUCCCCUGCGCCUCAAAUUCCAACACCCACAAAAAAGCCUCACUCCCCUCCACCACAGUCUCAAUCACAACCAGCCAAAGUCAAGAACCGUGCCCCGCCUCCUCCAAUACAGGAUGGAUCUUUUAAGUCCAAAGGAGCUGACAUUUCUAAGCCCUCGUCCCCGUUUACUUCUCCUACUGCAGUCAUAGAGAAAGGUGUGGCAUCCUACACUGUCCCUCCAUUAUUAAAAACACAGAAUCAGAUCUCGCCAAACGGUGCAAACACAACUCAAGAUGCCAAUGAAACCAGUGUUUCUUCAGAAUUUUCCUCAUCAGUUGUUGAUCAACAAAAAAGUUGUACCAGUCCUGCUGAUCUGGCGACUGUUUCAAGCCUCGCCAUUGGCACACUUCAAGGCUUCAUCGCUUACACUACUCCCGAGAAUGCCACUCUUCACAGCAGCCCAACUAACCAUACAGUCACAGACGCUACACUCUUUGCAUUAACUGAAGACCCAGGCUCAGGCAAAAACCAAGACUCAAGUAAAAACAGUCCCAAAACAAGUCCGAUGACUCCCAGUCAAGGAAAGUUUACAUAUUGCACCCCCAGUCCCAUCAGUCCUUCUGGGCUACAACGUAAAGGAUCCCAUAAGAGUGUAACCAGCCCUGGGCCACCCGCCUCCUCUCCCUUUAGCUCUGGUGCAGGCAGCCCUGCUCCAGCUCCAAGCCCAGGACCCAAGAGGUAUCGAUACCCAGAAGAGGAAGGGGCUUCGCUAAGUGCACCACAAUUUCACCAGCAUACCUGUCUUCAGCACCCUAUGGGAGUUACCAGAGAGCUGACUGAUGGAGGGACUCUAGGGAGGGAAGGGAUGGAUCAGGGGACCUGGAGAAGAGAGGGGAAGGGAACUGGAACUAUGGAAAGAAAUAUAGGAAGAGACAUGGAGAGAUCCCUGAUGAGGGAUGGAUCUCUCAGGCGGCACUGUAAUCUCCGCGGGGCGGAGCUGGUUCAGGUUGCGGAGCGACAGCUAUCGCAGAUUCAGCAUGUCCAUGGAUACGUCACCCACACACACAUCGAACCUGCUCAGGAAAAAUCUCCAGAAGCUCCAUUUGAUGGUGAAGUGAGGCCUUACCAACAAGGGGACUAUAUGAAUGAAGCCCUAGCCCCACCAUUCUCAUCCCUCUAUUCUAAAAGCCAUGCCCACUACAAGGCCAACCCCACUCCCGUUGUGGUCAACACAGACAGUGUCGACACCCCCCCAUAUGUCAACGGAACAGACGCGGACUAUGAAUAUGAGGAAAUCACAAUGGAGCGGGGUAACUCAGGUUUGGGAUUCAGUAUUGCAGGAGGAACUGAUAAUCCUCAUAUUGGAGAAGACCCGUCCAUCUUUAUUACCAAGAUUAUACCAGGAGGAGUCGCCGCCCAGAAUGGACGACUCAAGGUGAAUGACUGUAUAGUCCGAGUAAAUGAGGCAGAUGUCAGGGAGGUGACCCACAGUGGGGCCGUGGAGGCAUUGAAGGAGGCUGGAGGUCUGGUCAGACUGUGUAUACGACGCAAGAGGAGUCACAACGAUAGAAUCAUGGAUAUAAAGCUAGUGAAAGGUCCCAAAGGGCUAGGAUUUAGUAUAGCUGGUGGAGUUGGAAAUCAACACGUUCAAGGGGACAACAGUAUCUAUGUGACAAAGAUCAUUGAGGGAGGAACCGCACAAAAAGAUGGACGACUACAGAUAGGGGACAAACUUGUGGCUGUUAAUGGCUCUUGCUUAGAGGAAGUAUCUCAUGAGGAAGCAGUGGCCGUCCUGAAGUCCACACCCGAUGUUGUUUAUCUCCGUGUGGCCAAAAACUCCUCUGUAUUCAUCAAUGAAAACUUUCCCCCUCCUGAUGUCACCAAUUCCUAUCCCCCGCAUCAAGACAACCACAUAAGUCCCUACAUGAGCGGGAGCCAGUCUGUGAGCCCUGCCCCACUGACCACACCCAGAUACUCGCCAAUGCCCAGGUCCAUGACUGUAGAUGAUGAUGUCACAAGGGAACCCAGGCGUCUGAUCCUCCACAGAGGAUCUACAGGUCUCGGUUUCAACAUCGUUGGAGGGGAAGAUGGAGAAGGAAUCUUCAUCUCCUUCAUUCUGGCUGGUGGUCCUGCUGAUCUAUGUGGGGAACUUCACAAGGGAGAUCGAAUCCUCUCAGUGAAUGGGGUAGACCUGUCUAGUGCAACACAUGAGCAGGCAGCUGCAGCUCUAAAGAACGCGGGACAAACUGUCACUAUUGUUGCACAGUAUAGACCAGAAGAGUAUAGUCGUUUUGAGGCUAAGAUCCAUGACCUGAGGGAACAGAUGAUGACCAGCAGUGUCAGUUCCAGCUCUACGUCACUUCGAUCCACUCAGAAACGCACACUUUAUGUCAGGGCGCUGUUUGACUAUGACGGAAGUGCACCAGACCUGAGCAUGCCCAAUCAGGCCCUGCCUUUUCGUUUUGGUGACAUCCUUCAUCUGAGCAGUGCUGGUGAAGAAGAGUGGUGGCCCGCACGCCAUCUCAGCCCGCCGCCCCCAAACUGCCCUGAAGUUGGAGUCAUCCCCAGCCGCAGAAGGGCAGAAAAGAAGGAGAGGUCCAGGUUAAAGACGGUCCGGGUGAUAAAGCCUCAAGAUAGACCAGAUCAAGAUGAAAAAGCUGGCCAGGAGGAGACCUUCCUAACCUACCAACCAGUCAUGCAACAGGAAGUGAAUUAUACACGGCCUCUUAUCAUCCUUGGGCCGAUGAAAGAUAGGGUGAAUGAUGACCUCAUCUCUGAGUUUCCUGACAAGUUUGGCUCCUGUGUCCCACACACAACUCGUCCACGUCGAAACUACGAAGUGGAUGGCAGAGAUUAUCACUUCAUGUCCUCCAGGGAGCUCAUGGAACGAGAGAUCCAGGAGCACAAGUUUAUCGAGGCGGGACAGUAUAACAACCACUUGUAUGGAACCAGCAUACAGUCUGUCAAAGAAGUUGCUGACAAGGGUAAACACUGUAUACUGGAUGUAUCAGGGAAUGCUAUAAAACGUCUGCAGUUGGCAGGCCUCUAUCCUAUCGCCAUCUUUAUUAGGCCACGCAAUGUUGAGAACAUUUUGGAGAUGAACAAGCGUUUUAAUGAAGAGCAGGCAAGGAAGUCCUAUGACAGAGCAGUUAAACUGGAGCAGGAGUUCACAGAAUAUUUCACUGGGUUUGUCCACGGCGUGUCUCUAGAAGAAGUAUAUUCGCAGGUGAAACAGAUCAUUGAGGAGCAGUCUGGGCCUUACAUCUGGGUGCCCACGAAGGAGCGGCUCUGAGUAAACACAACUCACACUACAAGGUUGUACACAACUUUGGCAACACUAUCGGCCUGUUUCUCCACUUCCUCACGCAUACCUCCAGGUUCACACACACACACACAAACACAAAUAUUUACACAAGCACAUAACGCGGGACGAGGCUGGGACUAUCUGGAACUCCCGCUUUUUCAGGAGGGAGGAGCUUGUGUCUUUCCAGCAGCCCAUUGGUGGAUCUUCCGACAGCUCAGUUCCUUAAUGUUUAAGGACGUGGUUCAAAUCAAGGCGACAUGUACCAGUAUCUGAUUUAUUGAUUUCAUUGUUGUUCUAACUGUUGUAGUUGUUGUUGUUGUUUUCAUAUUUACAAAGGGUAAUGCGUUCACAUUAUGGGUUGGUAAUGAUAUAAUUGUCACCAAGAGGCAGACUUUUGCACGCUGUAGCUUUAAGAGCAUGUUUUCAGGGAGACAAAAUCUUGAUCUCCUUCCCUUUGUGUCUGUCUUUCUCCAUGGCAUUGCUCCACUUUAUACUGAAAUAUCUGUUGGACUCUUUCUCUUUACUUGUCUCUCAUAUCCCACCACUUCCCUGCCAGGCUGCCUCAAAAGUUUUAAUUAAAUUAGAGCUGAAAUCUUACAGUAUGUCCUGGCAUUGUGGCAUGAAGGGCCUAGAUAGAAAACAUAGUAGUACUUUAAAAAUGUAGCAUCGCUAUUAACACAGAACAAUUAUUGGCUAAUGAGAUUGCAUUAAGCGUGUACAAUAUUUAGUCCUAACUUUCAUGUUGGAUCAUGUAAGCCUAAGCCGGUUGAGUCCAAAUUGUUCAGACAAUAAGAGUGAGUAAGAGAAUCGAGAACACAGUUCCCUGUUUAGUUUUAAUGAACAUUUAGGUAAAUACAAGUCCGACAUCCCGAGUUUACUUUACUCGGUUGAGUCUAAAUCCAAUUUAUGCCUUUUCUCCUCUUCUUAUGUGGCUAUAUUUAUAUGGACAUCCUUAUUCCAAUAUUAACCCAACUAAGGCAAUUUAGUGAUAAUACAUUGUUACAGAAUACUGUACAAGUAAGGUUAUACUGUUUUUUAGCCAAAUCAGAAUAGUCUAAUCAACAGACUCAUAAUGAUAAAUUAUAUUAUUCUGGGGAUAUUGAAAUUGAUACCAUACCGUCAAAAUAAGUAUUGGAUUUAUCGAUUUACAUCUAAAAUCUCUGAUAUAAGUACUGUGAUACAAGCAGUGCUGCAGUGUUUUUACACGUGCAAAAAUGGACAGUCAGUUAACAUCUAAAUGUCCUCCAAUAAGCACACAACAUUGGUAUUUUCUUGUAUUUUAGUGAAUUAAUUUACAAAAGUUAAACAGACUACUAAGACCUAGCAGCUACUCAACAGCUUAGCACACAAUAGAACACAAACUCAACAGUUGCAAUAAGUGUCCUUAAAUUGGACCAUAUUGCAGUAUGAAACACCACAUUUGUCAAUUUAAAGAAGUGUCCAGUAAUUAUAGUUGCAUUUUACUUAUACAUACAGAGUCUUUAAGGCAGAAGCUAAUUAGAAAAUAUCCAGUAACAAUUGCAACUUACUGUGUCACAAGUUUAACUUAAAGGGGUCCUAUUAUAUAAAACCAAUUUUGUUUCCCUAUUGGUACAUUUUUGGUGUAUUUAGGAACCCCACGUGUCCCGAAACUUUGAAAUCAAACCAUGAAGGCAUGGCGGUGAUAUUUAUAAAACUUGUUUCAAACAAGCCGUUUGGAAUUUGAGGCGAUCGUGACGUAUUUUGCCUUAGCAGAUAGCUCCAUAUAUGGUUGAGUCUGCAGAUUUAAUUCAGUUGUAGUCCAAAGUUGUAGUCACUAAGUUUCUUAUUUUCUUCUUGUUGUGGAGCAGACUGGCUGGUACAUGCACAUGCAUGCUUAAAAUCCUCUGCUGUUGCCACUUCUAAUAAAAAAUAGUGUAUGGUUCUAAGUUCUGUUUGUAGACUUCUACUAUCUACAACAUGGCUGACGGAGUGGAGAUGCUGUCGAUAGAGCUUGGCCUUAAGGAGGGCUUUGGCACGUAAAUAAGACCACCCACAAGAGACGGUCAGAAAGCUGUCUUUAAAAUAUAAUCUAUGCAACAGUUUGACCAAAGAACCACCAUUACAUGUUAUGUAGACCUCAAAGAAGUGUUUUAAAUGUAGAAAAAAAAUCAUAAUAUAACCCCUUUAAUAAAUUAUUGUGGCCGCAAGGUGUCAUCAAAAAUAAUUAUCACUCCACUUCAAUUAAAGACAACAUAAGUUAAUUCCAGAAGGUAAAUGAUAAAUAAGUUUAUGUUUUUCAUACCUACCAAUGUACUAAAGUAAGUUCACUUGGUCAAACCUUUUCUAACAUUCCACACUACAAAAAAAUAAAAGUAUGUAUAAAUCCUGUUGAUAUUGGAUCUGUAUCGGCCAAAAUACAAAGCUCCAAUAUCGGUAUUGUACAAGAAGUGAAAAAAGUUGUAUUGAGACACCCGUGAAGUGAACUACAAUCCCCAAUCACGUUAAAAUGUUCAUAUUGAGAAGAACAUAAAACCUAAACCUGUCUCAAGCCUUCCAUCUCUCUUCUACACUUUUACAGCUUUACAAACUACCACCCUGACUAUUAGAAGUGUCACCCUUGUAGCUUUCCUUUUAACCGCUGUUGCUCUAAUGGGGGCUUGCUCUAAAAAGCAUCUUAAACACAGUAUCUGAGGUGUGAUUUUGAAUAUGUAAUUGGGUUCUGUAAUUGGCAUGCCAUCCUGUUAUAUGGCCUUUGUAGCUAUAUUUCAAUAUCUAAAGUGGAGUUAUUUACCAUGUCAACUCUUACCAUCCUCCUAAGAACCAGCGCCUACUGUACUGGACAUUUGUGUUUUGCAUUUUCCCCAAAUGUGACAAAAAAUAGCACCAAAAAAUGUCAACUGCAGUGGAUGUUGGUUCUCAUGAGGAUAAUGAUGGAUGAAUUAUGACCUGGUUGGCUUCAGAAGGCCCAGCAUGCACAAAUAGCGCCUGAGACUCGCCACAUAAAUGACCUUUGCUCUUGUGCAUAAAGCUAUGGUUUGGUCACAGAGCUUCUCUCCACUAAACUUUAUACUGAACAUGUGUUUCACUCCACUACAUGACAGCCCAAACAGUCAUAGACUGCUAGUGCAUACUACAUAUCAAUCCACAGAACAAAUACUAGCCAUCAUGGUAACCAUGAAAUCCAAAGCCGUCGCCUUUUUUUUUUUUUGUAGUCUGGUGAUUCAUGAAUACAGCUGAUAUUUGUUUACAAGAGAACUUCUCAGGGCAUCAUAGCUUAUACAGCGUCCUCCAGAGAAUCAUCAGAAAUCGUAAAAAUGUGAAAUCAUGACCACAAAUCAUGUUUUGUGCAGAGAGAACUGUUACUGCAAUUCUCUUGAAUGCUGAGGUCAUGAAUGGGGUUUCUCUCAAAUAGGGCGCAAGUUUGUUAUAUCAAAGAUUGAGAUGCUUUUGGAAAUGCAGCCCCAGAUGGACCUUGUCAGUUACCAGUUUCCCAUUCCCACCCUUCGCCCUGAAGCUGACUGGAGCCCAGAAACUCACAGAGAAGCCAGUUCUGUUAUCAGUAUAGCUUGAAAACCUACAUAAUAUUAUUUAGUUUGCACUAGAGCUUAGAUAUCUCCCCUUCUGCACAAAAUGUUGAGCUCACUGAUAUUUCUUUCCAUCAAUAAUUGUCUCAAAGCAUAUGAUUGGUGGAACAGAACUGGACUCUGUGUGAUUCUGGCUUUGUGUUUCAGCCAGGGUGUCGUGCCACUGUCUGUUAAGCACUGAUGCAAAGAAUCUAUUACAAAGGUGGAUCUAUGAAUAACACAUUAUAAUAUUUAUCCAUGCUCUAACUGCCUAUUUUGGUACAAAAAUAAAGGUCUUUAUUGAGAUCGAA